AUGCGGUCCGGAGACCUCCUCCUUAAGUGCACGUCCCAGGCUGACUGCGAGAAAAUUCUGAGUACACAUGACAUGUUGGGAACAAAGAUUGCAGCUUCAUACCACAAGACUUUGAACACGUCCCGAGGCGUCAUUGCUGUGCCAGAACUUAUCGAUGUUCCGGAGGAGGAAAUCCUUACCAACCUGAAGGAACAAGGUGUUACAAAUGUCAGGAAGCUGAAAAUCAGAAAAAACAAUGAAUACAUCAUCACAAGGAAUGUAGUACUGACCUUCGAUAAGCCCACAAUACCACAAACGCUUAAGGUGGGAUACCUAUCCGCAGAAGUGAGACCAUACAUCCCAAAUCCGUUGCGCUGCUUUCGGUGUAACAGGUUCGGUCAUGGUGCUGAUGCGUGCAGAGGGUCGCCCUGCUGCACUCGAUGUGGCCAGACUACCCACGAAACUAAGGAAUGUAAAGAGACAGAACAGUGUGUCAACUGCUCAGGAGAGCAUCCAGCCUAUUCGAGGUCAUGUGCAAAAUGGAAAAUGGAAAAAGAAAUACUACACAUUAAGGUAACCCAGAAUAUCAGCUAUCCUGAAGCCAAGAAAAAGGUCUCGCCAUUUCUCUUUCAGAAAUCCUUUGCAGCGAUAGUCAAAGAAAAACCAACGAUGAUAACACGAUGCACACAAACAGAUCCAAAUCGCAACCAAACCCAAGGAGACCUACCACAGCUUGGUAAACCUGUAACUCCUUCUCUGACACCACCCCAACGGGUGGUGUCACCCCCGUCGUCUUCCAUGGAGGUAAACUCUAUGGAUUGUGACGACGACUCGAGCUCGGAGCGCUCAUUCGUGAGCACCGGCUCAACUACACGGAAACACUUGGAAGGUGGGCUAUCGAGGAGCGGUUCGCUCCCUGAUAUCUCGGACAAAGAAUUAGCAGAUGCCCGCAAGAAGCCAGCUCGCAAACGGAUAACAGGUCCAAAGAAAAAUACUUGA